GCCGUAAUUCAGCGGCUUCCGGAGCUGCAGCGGCGUAGCCUGGGAGGGGGAGUUUGGGGUUCCGACGUCGCCGCGGAGGGAGCGAGCCCGAACCGGAUCUUUGACUAGCACCCCUGCUGUACGCUCUCUCGCCGCGUCCGCUAGGAGAAGCCCAGCGGCCUGAGGGAGCCCCGCGGCCCGCACCCCGGCGCAAGCGCAGCCCCGGCCUGUCGGGCCUAAGCCCGAGAAACAGGUUAAGCCGUGCUUUUCUCCUCCCCCUUCUAGAAAAAAAUAAAACCUCCAUCAGGAUGGCCCAGUGGAAUCAGCUACAGCAGCUCGACACUCGGUACCUGGAGCAGCUACAUCAGCUGUACAGUGACAGCUUCCCGAUGGAGCUACGGCAGUUUCUGGCCCCUUGGAUUGAAAGUCAAGACUGGGCAUAUGCAGCCAGCAAAGAAUCACAUGCCACUUUGGUGUUCCAUAAUCUCUUGGGUGAGAUUGACCAGCAGUACAGCCGCUUCCUGCAAGAGUCAAAUGUUCUCUAUCAGCACAAUCUGCGAAGAAUCAAGCAGUUCCUUCAGAGCAGAUACCUUGAGAAGCCGAUGGAGAUCGCCCGAAUUGUGGCCCGGUGCCUGUGGGAAGAGUCCCGCCUCCUCCAGACGGCAGCCACAGCUGCCCAGCAAGGGGGCCAGGCCAACCACCCCACAGCUGCCGUGGUGACAGAGAAGCAGCAAAUGCUGGAGCAGCACCUGCAGGAUGUCCGGAAGCGAGUACAGGAUCUAGAACAGAAAAUGAAAGUGGUAGAGAAUCUCCAAGAUGACUUUGAUUUCAACUAUAAAACCCUCAAGAGUCAAGGAGACAUGCAAGAUCUGAAUGGAAACAACCAGUCGGUGACCAGGCAGAAGAUGCAGCAGCUGGAACAGAUGCUCACUGCGCUGGACCAGAUGCGGCGAAGCAUCGUGAGUGAGCUGGCGGGACUUUUGUCAGCUAUGGAGUAUGUGCAGAAAACCCUCACGGAUGAAGAGCUGGCUGACUGGAAGAGACGGCAACAGAUUGCUUGCAUUGGAGGCCCUCCCAACAUCUGUCUAGAUCGUCUAGAAAACUGGAUAACCUCAUUAGCAGAAUCUCAACUUCAGACCCGCCAACAAAUUAAGAAACUGGAGGAGUUGCAGCAAAAAGUUUCCUACAAAGGGGACCCCAUAGUACAGCACCGGCCAAUGCUGGAGGAGAGAAUCGUGGAGCUGUUUAGAAACUUAAUGAAAAGUGCCUUUGUGGUUGAGCGGCAGCCUUGUAUGCCCAUGCAUCCCGACCGGCCACUCGUCAUCAAGACCGGUGUCCAGUUUACUACGAAAGUCAGAUUGCUGGUCAAAUUCCCUGAGUUAAAUUACCAGCUUAAAAUUAAAGUGUGCAUUGACAAAGACUCCGGGGACGUUGCAGCUCUCAGGGGAUCCCGGAAAUUUAACAUUCUGGGCACAAACACGAAAGUGAUGAACAUGGAAGAGUCCAACAACGGCAGCCUCUCUGCAGAAUUCAAACACUUGACUCUGAGAGAGCAAAGAUGUGGUAACGGGGGCCGAGCCAAUUGUGAUGCCUCCCUGAUUGUGACCGAGGAGCUGCACCUGAUCACCUUUGAGACUGAGGUGUAUCACCAAGGCCUCAAGAUUGACCUGGAGACUCACUCCUUGCCAGUUGUGGUGAUCUCCAACAUCUGUCAGAUGCCAAAUGCCUGGGCAUCCAUACUGUGGUAUAACAUGCUGACCAACAACCCGAAGAACGUGAACUUUUUCACCAAGCCCCCAAUUGGAACUUGGGAUCAAGUGGCUGAGGUGCUGAGCUGGCAGUUCUCCUCCACCACAAAGCGAGGGCUGAGCAUCGAGCAGUUGACUACGCUGGCAGAGAAACUCUUGGGACCUGGUGUGAACUAUUCAGGAUGUCAGAUCACCUGGGCUAAAUUUUGCAAAGAAAACAUGGCUGGCAAGGGCUUCUCCUUCUGGGUCUGGCUGGACAAUAUCAUUGACCUUGUGAAAAAGUACAUCCUGGCCCUUUGGAAUGAAGGAUACAUCAUGGGCUUUAUCAGUAAGGAGCGGGAACGGGCCAUAUUGAGCACCAAGCCCCCAGGCACCUUCCUGCUAAGAUUCAGUGAAAGCAGCAAAGAAGGAGGCGUCACCUUCACCUGGGUAGAGAAGGACAUCAGCGGCAAGACCCAGAUCCAGUCGGUGGAACCAUAUACGAAGCAGCAGCUGAACAACAUGUCGUUUGCUGAAAUCAUCAUGGGCUAUAAAAUCAUGGAUGCUACCAAUAUUCUCGUGUCUCCGCUGGUCUACCUCUACCCUGACAUUCCUAAGGAGGAGGCAUUUGGAAAAUAUUGUCGGCCAGAGAGCCAGGAGCAUCCUGAAGCUGACCCAGGUAGUGCUGCCCCGUACCUGAAGACCAAGUUUAUCUGUGUGACGCCAACGACCUGCAGCAAUACCAUUGACCUGCCGAUGUCCCCCCGCACUUUAGAUUCAUUGAUGCAGUUUGGAAAUAAUGGUGAAGGUGCUGAACCCUCAGCUGGAGGGCAGUUUGAGUCCCUCACGUUCGACAUGGAGUUGACCUCAGAGUGCGCGACCUCCCCGAUGUGAGGAGCCGGAGGCGGAAGCUGCAGAGAGAUGGCAGAGGCGCCUACCUGUGUUCCACCACCCUUAAGCAGCCAGACCCCAGAUCAUCUGAAACUCCUAACUUUGUGGUUCCAGAUUUUUUUAAAUCUCCUACUUCUGCUAUCUUUGAACAAUUUGGGCACUUUUUAAAAUCGAGAAAUGAGAAUGUGGGUGAUAUGCUUUUAUCUAAAUGCACAUAAGAAUGCAUUCUCUGAGACUGUGAUCAGGGGAUGUGGAAGUGGUGACAAGAGGGAGAGAAAGGAAAUGUCUUUUAUAUUUUUUUGCUCCCCUGCUCUCCUUUCUCAGCAGCUUGUAGUUGUUAGGCAGGUGCCCCUGGUGCCAGCGGCAUCCCUUGGCCUGUUCCUGAGCUAAUGCCACAUGCCCCUGGCCUUGCACUUUUAACCUUGCUAACGUCCAAAUAGAAAAUAGGACUUUCGAAGCCCCUAGGUUUCUUUUUAAAUUAAAAAAAAAAAUUAAAGGGCAAAAAGCCCUGUAUCGGCAUAGCCUUUUCUGUAUUUAAGAAAACUCAGUUAAUAGCCUCCUUGGUGCUUUAAGCAUUCAGCUUUCUUCAGGCUGAUAAUUUAUAUAAACCUUAAAAUGGGCCUCAGAUCCAAUCCUUAAAAGACAUCUGAAGAUGUGGCUUGGCCCUUGGUUCUGAAAUGGGAAGGUUAAAGGAAAACCCAAACAUUCUAGACUUUUUUUUAACAAAGUUUUUAUUUUCCCCUUUAACGUGUUGGGCUAUUAGUAGGUAAGGCUGGGCAGAGGGGCGCUUACAACCCAUCCUCCCUCUCUCCCUAUCUCAGAGCCUGGGUGUUCCUCUGGGUGCCUUAUAAGGGAGGGGAUGACCCUUCCUUCCUCCCGGCCCACUUGACCCCCCUUUUGGCAUGGCUUCUUCAUGUGUCUGAAGGUCCCUUGUCCUCUUUGCUUUAGGAAUCCUGGUCUCAGGACCUCCUGGAAUAAGAGAGAGAGCGUUACAGAUUGAACAUGACUCAGACUGUGGGGCCCCAGUCAAGGUCUAGUUGAGCUCAGGGAAUAUGGCUCUUAUUCCAGUUUCUUGGUGAUUUCCUAUGGCACCUAUAAUCACUUAUUCAGUUGGUUAACCUAGGGCAAAGGCUUACUGAUAAAUCCAAGGUCUGUCCCUUGUGUGAGGGAGUCAUACCCCGGCCUCCCCAUUGGGGCCCCACAGAUGAGGUAGAACACCUCGAAUUUACUGUGUGUUUUGGAUCACUUAGUAGCAUGUGAGCUGGUCUCCGAUAUUUGGGCCUUUUCUGACCCAGAGGCAUAGCUAGACUGGGAGGUCCAAAACCACUUUGUCCCAGUAGGUCAGAGUUUCUCUGGAAUGUUAUUUGUUUUACCCGGAUGAGCCAGCUUCUCAAUUUAGGGUAUGCCCGUGGCCACCCUGUCCUCUUGCUGGCAACAGUAGAGGGGAGUAUAGAGCUCUCCCUUCUCCAGCAACACUCUUCAGUUCAUAACAAGCUUAACUCAUAAAGAGAGAAACGGUUUAGAUCAGAGGGACUUGGGACUAGGAUCCAGGCUUCUGGAGCAGAUAUGUAAAGUUCGUGACUGAGGUAGCAUGUGUAUCUGGUUUUAACUCUGAUGGUAGCAGAAGUUCUCAGAGGAGCUGAGACUUGUUCUGGCCCCUCCCUCCCCUUAAAGAACCAAGUCCUCGGGGACCUGCCCUCUUUCUCUCCAGUCUCCCCUGCCCGACCCCAGCCCAGCCAUGGAUUGCUUAACCUACCUAGACGGUGGUUUGUAAGCCACUGUUCUGGCCACUGCAUCAGAUUCCAGUGUAUACUUUACAGUGUAAAAAUUUAUAUUAUUGUGGGACUAUUUUUUUUUUGUAUAUUGCUGUAUCUACUUUAACUUCCAAAAAUAAAAGUUAUAUAAUUGCUGUC